UUAGUUCAGAUCGAGUGCUUCAUAAAGAUGACGUCACGUGUCGCGGGAAAAUUGGGGUCUUUGUUUCUGGGGAAUUGAGAUGCAUCAAAUCUGCCCCCGAGUGCCAGCUUCACCCUUGUCGAAUGAUGAUACACAUGAUACCUGGCUCCGUAUGCGUCAUGAUGGAACUAGCCGCAACUCCGCAAGAUUGAAAGCACUUCGCCCUGCUCCAAGUCUGCGUUGCAGAUGUGAGUCCAUUACACAAGCACAACAAUAUCUGAACGAGCUUCUCAGCCUUGCCUGAACCCCUGAAAAUCUCCCGCCAACCAUCCCUCGCAAGUCCGAUGUCUACCGCACCAGAGACUAAGGCUCAGGCCGAGUCUUUGAUCCCUCAAUUUCGCCUUGAAAAAGUGCUUAAUCAAGAUCAGAAUGGCCGUCGCAUAUCCCUACUCGGGACAAUCUCUUCGGAGCAAGCACUGAUCACAUUGGAGCGAGCCGCAUUCCCAUCUGAUCCAGCACUGGUAUCGCAGCUACUAAGUUCACUGACCAAUACCACCAAUCUCGGCGCCAACGACAUCUACAGAUGGUACAUGGCAAACCGUUCCAUCGAAUCAUCGUCGACAUCUACAGCAGACCCCUUGAACGCGACAUCAAUAUCGCAAAACACACAGAUUCCCGACCUGAAAAUCAACCUCAUCUACCCAUGCACCGCUCAACAUAUACGGAAAUACUCGGCGCAGCGAGUCCGGAUGGUCACCGAAACGCCAGAAAUCUACGAAACGCAUAUCAAGCCGUACAUCGCCCGCCAAAGAGCGGCCGGACGCCUUGAUUGGGUCUUCAACAUCCUCGAAGGCCGGACCGAGCAAGAAGAUGUCAUUGCUCGACACGAUUGGGACUCUCCCUCAAAUUCAGGCUUCCUCCUCCUCCCCGAUCUCAACUGGGACCGUAAGACCGUGCAGGGCAUGCACUUACUAGCUUUGGUCCAGCGGCGCGAUAUAUGGUCUUUGCGAGAUCUCCGGAAGAAACAUAUCCCCUGGCUCAAGGCCGUGCGCGAUCAAGUCGUGAGUGCAGCGACAAAGGUGUUUCCCCGUGAAAUCGAUGCCGAUGAAGUCAAGUGCUACGUCCACUACCAGCCAACGUAUUACCAUUUCCAUAUUCACGCGGUGCAUGUCAUGCUGGAAGCUGGCACGACGCAGAGUGUCGGGAAGGCGUUUGGUCUGGGGAAUAUCAUUUCGCAGUUGGAGUGUGUGAAAGGUGACGAGGAGGCGGGAAUGGAUGGUGUGGAUUUGAUGUACUUUGUCGGAGAAGAGAAUGAUUUGUGGAAGAAAUGUUUCGGCCCGUUGAAGAAUGGGGAGGCCGUGCAAUUGAGUUGAAUGAAUGAUGGUUGAAUGUGCAUGGAAUGGUGCGUAUGAAUUUUGUUGCGUGCAUGAUCGGAGCUACAGAUGUCUCGAAGGUAUGACUCGGUCAUUGAGUCAACUCGGUUUCAAUGGUUGAAUGCAUGAAACAUGAUGGUAUAUGUCCCAUGAGGGACGGGUUUGUCUUCAAUUUGCCAGUCUGCAUCAAGGUAUAUAUACCCACUUCUCUCUGCUCUGUUGUCCUUGAUCCCAUCCUUCAUGCCUUCGACUUUCAAAUAUAUAUAUUGAUC